AUGAAAAUGAUGAAGAGUGAAUACUCUCUUGAAUAUACCAAGUUGAUGAAGGUUCUCAUUAAUAUUGUUUUGGUAAACAGAGAAUAUUGCAAGGUUGCCAAACAAGUUCUCAAUGAAUCAACAAAGAAAUACAAGAAGGAUAUUUCAUCAAUUGAAUCGGCAAUUGAAUCUAAAUUGAAGGAAUAUGAAUCAACUCAAAGUAAUCAAGACAAACUUUUAAUGCUCAGACUCUCCUCAUACACCAUUCAAUCUAUUUCUAAAUUAGACUCUGAUUUGGAUGCUUAUGAAAAUAUGGUUGUCCAAUGUGUGAAAUUGAUGUAUCCAGAAAGAUGUAUUAUCUAUGAUUUGGACCUUUGUAAAAAACUUCUUUACAUUUGCCGUACUACAACAGCUUCUUCCCUUUUGGAAAAGAGCAAGGAAAUUAUGGAUGUUUCCUCAGUUCACUAUGAUAGAGAAAAACUCUUCCAACAAGCUAUUAUUAGGGACAAUUAA